AUUGAAAGAAAAAGAUAAAAUUCAUAAACGUGAAAAAGAAGAAAGAGAAAGAACAUAUAAAUGUGAAACUGAUAUUUUAGAACAAACCAUCAAUCAUUUAGAACAAACUAUUAAUGACUUACAAAACCAACUUA